AUGAUCAUCCCGAUCCGGUGCUUCUCCUGCGGCAAGGCAUGUCGCCUACGCCACUGGGUGACAGGGGAUCUCUGGGAAAAGUUCAUCAAGCUUAUUGAGGAGGACGGGCUCACAGAUGGAGAUGCUCUGGACCAGCUUGGCUGCAAGCGGUAUUGCUGCCGGCGUAUGGUCAUGACCCACGUCGACCUCAUUGAAAAGCUCCUCAAGUAUACUCCGGAUGGCCGCAACCUCAAGAAGCUCGAGAUACAAGCCCGCGAUCUGGAGAAGCAACAACAAAUGAUGUAA